ACUGCUUCUUCAUCUUCUCUCGCUGUCCCGAUGCGUCCUCUUCUUACUCUUCAGAUCCCUGCUCCCCGCGUCCCUCAUCAGUUGCAACAGUUGACCCUCGUAUCUGCGUAACUUGUCCGAUCGCUGCCUACACAGCAGCGAAGUGCGGCUAAACGAGCUCGGGUCGGUGAAGGACUGCUGAGGAUUGUAUUGACGACAAUGCUGGCGACACUUCCUGUUUCGUGGGAAUACUUGACAGCCAAUGGGGUGCAUCGUUGUCAGAAAAUACCGGAAGCGGAAGUUGACGAUGGCAGCCCGACAGCCUUUUACAGACUCUGAUACUGCCGAUGAAGCAGUGAGAGCGACUUGUGACGAUGCAUCAAUUUGUAAAAGGUUUGCCACCAGUAAAGGUUAUUGGAAGGACCCAUAUAUCCAGUACUUUGUCAGGCAGAUCGGUGAACGAAAGGCUCCGGAAAUCAACAGAGGAUACUAUGCUCGUGUGCAGGGGAUGAAUUUCCUCCUACAUGCUUUUCUCAGGAAAACCGCGUGUGACUGUCAGGUUGUUAAUUUUGGCGCUGGACUGGACACUACUUUUUGGCAGUUGAAGGACGAAAGCCUCUUGCCUAAAAAGUAUUUUGAGGUUGACUUUCCCAUGGUUGUUGCAAGGAAGAUACAUAACAUAAAGACUAAACCUCCUUUGUCCAAACCUAUAAUUGAAACCCACUCCACAGAUACCCUUUUAAUUGAUGGCCACAGCCUGGACUCGGACAGAUAUUGUAUUAUCGGUGCGGAUCUCAGAGACCUUGCAAGUGUCAAUGACAAGCUUAAGAAGUUUCAGCUAAAUCCUGAACUGCCUGCAUUAUUCCUGUCCGAGUGCGUGCUGGUAUACAUGAAUCCUGAGCAGUCGUCUAAGCUGGUGCACUGGGCUUCAGACACCUUUCACACGGCCAUGUUCAUAAACUACGAGCAGGUGAACAUGAACGACCGAUUUGGGCAGGUGAUGAUUGAAAACCUGCAGAGACGCCACUGUAACUUAGCAGGAGUGGAAGCCUGCUGGUCCCUGGAGUCGCAGAAGGAGCGCUUCCUGGCGGCGGGCUGGGAGGGUGCCGACGCUCUGGACAUGAUGACCGUGUACGGCAUGCUGCCCCAGGAGGACGUGGCCAGGAUAGAGCGACUGGAAUUUCUGGAUGAGAAGGAACUGCUUCAGCAGCUCCUGCAGCACUACUGUAUCUGCUGGGCCAUCAAAGAUAAACAUAAACUAGGCCUUUCACAGGUUGCAUUUUAAUGGACUGAAGAGCAGCCCUUUUUCAAAACCUGACAAUGCUUCGUUGUGCCAAACACCACAAAAUUCAGAAGCCCUGGAAAGAAGGAAUCCAUUCUCACCUUCAGACUAUUAUUGUUUUGUUUAGGGACUUCUGGAUCCAAUAAAUGAUGCUGAAACUUCAA